UCUUGGCAGGCCAACGAUACCGCUCUCUGCACGAGACACUUUGACGAUUGCAGCAUGCAAAACACCAAAGUGACGAGGCAAAUCAACAAGUUUCUGCUGAAGAAUCUGCACCAGAAGAAGAAGUUUUCCGCGUACGGAUUUUUCGACAUUGAUAACAGUGUGAUUUAUACGGUUUUCAGCUCUAUCGUAACUUAUUUGGUGAUUUUGAUUCAGUUUAAGCAGUUGGAAAAUGAUUUCACUAACCAAAAUGGAGGUGGUAACAGCACGAGUUCAACAUAGAGUUUAAAUUAUUUUCUUCAGUGUAAUUAUUCUAUUAAUUCAAUUUUUGGUGUUUUCUGUGAAAAAAGAAUUGAGCUGUAACCGAAUAAAAUGUCAUCUUGACCCAGAAAGGACAAAAGGGAACGUUCGGAUAGAUUUCACAACACCACGCUGUAAACGUUUCACAAAAAUAUAUAUUCCUCUUCUUGUAUCCUUACUUCUUAGUCCGGUGCUCUGUAUAUUAAUCUCUAUCACUAUCCAAACAAGUUAGUGUAAUAAAAUUAACGAUAACGCUCGUUCUCUCACUCUCUCUUUCAUUCAAACCUCUUUUCUAGUACAGUGUAGUUAACAAAUUACUAAAUUCGCAUUCUCUUCCUGACUCUGGUCCGUUUCGAACAAACGCGCAUUUGUAACAA